AUGGCAGCCAUUGACCUAUCCCUCAUAUGGGCUCUGCCAACACAGGAUUCUGCCUGUUUAUACGUGAGAAAUACUGAGGAAGAAAGGAUGGUGACUGGUUUUCCAGCAACCUGGUUACAGGUACCAGUGACCUUUAAAGAGUGGAUGAUGCUUGAUUCUGAUCAGAGACGAAUUUACAGAGAUGUGAUGCUAGAAAACUAUAUGAAUCUUACCUCAGUGGAAUAUCAAUUAGGGAAGCCUACUAUGAUCUCCCCGUUGGGUCAAGAAGAGAUAAGAACUAUGAAAAGGAGACUUCUCUAAGGCACCUAUCCAGACUGGGAGAUUCAACUUAAAACCAAAGAUAUUUUUAGGGAAAAAUCAUCCAAUGGAGUGAAAAUGAUAAAAUUCAUAAUGGACAGUUGGUCCUCCACAUUAAGUGAAGACCAGGAAUGCCAGAUCAGAAGACAGCACAAGAUCCCAGAGGGAAAUUUGAGGGAAGUGACCCAAAAGAAAACAGCACCUCAGGAGAGAUUCUAUGACCAUCAUGAAUUAGAGGAAAACUCUAAACUUGGAUCAAAACUUGUUUUUUGAAAGAGAGUCUCCACUGGUAAACAUUGCCAUAAAUGUUACUUAGAUAUUGAGAGUUUGAAACAUAAUUCAAUCGUAAACAAUUUCAAGAGAAACCGUGUAAGAGGGAAGCUCUGUGAAAGUCAUAAAUAUGAUAGAGCUCUGUGGCAUCUUGAAAAAACUCCACAAAAAUGUGCUUGCUUCAAACAUGGUAUACACCUCAAGCAUAAUAAUAUGCUUCCUAUAUAUAACAAUUUUCAUAUGGUGGAGAAUUCCUAUGAAUGUAAUAAAAGCAAGACUUUUUGUCGUCAUCCAUCCAAUAGGCCACAGGAGCAAACUCCUAAUGGAGAGAAAUGUCAUAAAUGUAAUCAAUGUGGGAGAGCCUUCAGAAAACUUUGUAAUCUUAUUUUGCACAAGAAAAGUCACAUGGGCAAAAAACAAUAUGAAUGUAAAGAAUGUGGGAAAGUCUUCAACGAUUCCUCAACCCGAAGGAGACAUGUAAGAACUCACACUGGUGAGAAACCCUACAAAUGUAAUCAAUGUGGAAAAGCUUUCAGUCAAAAAACAUCUCUUAAGAUUCAUGUGAGAACUCACACUGGAGAGAAACCUUAUGAGUGUAAUCAUUGUGGAAAAUCCUUUGGCACAAGUUCUUACCUAAUUGAGAGAAUACAUACUGGGGAGAAACUCUAUGACCGCAAUGACUGUAGAAAAGCCUUUACUAUACGCUCAAACCUUAAAGUUCACAAGAAAAUCCACACUCGAGAGAAUCUCUACAAAUGCAAUGACUGUGGGAAAGUUUUUAGUGGUCUCUCAUCCCUUAGAAUACAUGUGAGAACUCAUACUGGAGAGAAACAUCAAUGUAAGGAAUGUAGGAAAACCUUCAGUGUUUCCUCUUCCCUUAGGAGACGUGUGAGAACUCACACUGGAGAAAAACCCUAUGAAUGUAUUCAAUGUGGAAAAGCCUUGAGUCGGAGUUCUUCACUUAUUAUACACAAAAUUUAUACUGGGAGAGAAACUAUAAAUGUUAUGAAUGUGGAAUUGAUUUAUUCAUUGCCUUAAGGUGGACUCCAACUCAUUAUUUCAGGCUU